GAAAUCUGCACAUCCCCACUUUUGGUAUGACCAAUUUUACCUCACAUCCGGCUUCAUGGUAAAUCGUUCUUUCUGUCUCUGGAAGCGGUGAAGAAAUCUACAUCACUUGAUCGAGUAGAAGAAAUUUCAUUGAACAUCAAAUUAAUCGAGGAUUGAAAGGUUAUUGCAAACAUCAAAUAUUGAUUAUCACUUAAAGGUUGCGACAAGUAAUUGGGUCUUUGGGCGCUUUAAGACUUAGGACGUACGGCGCUAUGUCUAACGGUUAUAGUAAUGGGAAUUACCGAGGUGGUAAUAAAGUUCCCAGACGAGGAUAUGGGGGAACCAACAGCACCACUAAUGGACGUUUUGGAAAUCGUAACAACCAAAACUCUAAGAGUAGCGCUGGUACUAAUUUAAGGAAACCAAACUGGAGCUUCGAAAAUCUAAAGCCUUUCAAGAAAGAUUUUUAUGUACCUCAUCCUAAUGUACAAGGACGUCAUCCACGAGACGUGGAUGUAUUUAGACAAGAAAACCAAAUUACUUUAAAGGGAGACAAGGUCCCUAAUCCUAUUCAACAUUUUGAAGAGGGAAAUUUUCCUGACUAUGUAAUGCAAGGGAUUAGAAAACAAGGGUUCAAUGAACCAACUGCUAUACAAGCACAGGGAUGGCCAAUUGCAAUGUCUGGUCAAAAUAUGGUUGGAAUAGCGCAAACCGGGUCUGGAAAGACAUUAGGAUAUAUUUUACCCGCAAUAGUGCACAUCAAUAGUCAGCAGCCAUUAAAUCGUGGUGAUGGCCCAAUUGCUCUUAUAUUAGCACCGACCAGAGAAUUAGCGCAACAAAUUCAAAGUGUGGCUAACGAUUUUGGUUCUUUGUCCUACGUAAGGAACACCUGCAUUUUUGGUGGUGCACCAAAGGGAAGUCAAGCACGCGAUUUAGAACGGGGAGUUGAAAUUUGUAUUGCAACUCCUGGACGACUGAUCGACUUCUUGGAACGUGGUACAACGAAUUUACGCAGAUGUACCUACUUAGUAUUAGAUGAAGCUGAUAGGAUGUUGGACAUGGGUUUUGAACCACAAAUUCGAAAAAUUAUUGAACAAAUUAGACCAGACAGACAAGUUCUUAUGUGGUCAGCAACUUGGCCAAAGGAAGUUAGAAACCUGGCAGAAGAGUAUCUUACAAAUUAUACACAAUUGAAUAUAGGAUCAUUAACGCUGGCAGCCAAUCAUAAUAUUCUUCAAAUUGUGGAUGUUUGUCAGGAACAUGAAAAAGAAACGAAGUUGGGCUCGCUUCUUCAAGAAAUUGGCAAUGUCAAUGACGAUGGUGGAAAAACUAUAAUUUUUGUAGAAACUAAGAAGAAAGUGGAGAAUAUCACAAGAAAUAUUCGUCGUUAUGGAUGGCCCGCAGUGUGUAUGCAUGGUGACAAAUCACAACAAGAACGAGAUCACGUCCUUAGAGAAUUUAGGAACAACAGAGGUUCAAUUCUCGUAGCAACGGACGUUGCUGCUCGUGGAUUGGAUGUCGAUGAUGUAAAGUACGUGAUCAACUUCGAUUAUCCGUCAUCAUCUGAAGACUACAUCCACAGAAUUGGUAGAACCGGCCGAUCAAAUUGUACGGGGACAAGUUAUGCAUUCUUUACACCACAAAACAGUCGGCAGGCUAAAGACCUAAUUAAUGUACUUAAAGAGGCUAAUCAAGUAGUAAAUCCCAAGUUGUCCGAACUUGCAGAUAGAAGUGGAAAUUACGGUGGCCGAAAUCGUUGGGGAUACAGUAGCCGAGGAAGGGAAAACAUGUUCUCUGGAUCACACAAACGAUUUGAUAUGGGCAGAGGUUCAAACUACUCUAGUUGAUUUAUUUCAACUUUUGAUCACAUCUCUAAAUAAGUGAACUUCUUGGAGACUUAAAAACUUCUUACAAUUUUUAUUUAAUCUGUGACUAGGGAAUGUUCUCCAUGUAUGUUACACUACCAUGUCUUAGUUAUGUGCUCGGCUGACUUUAUACGUUAUUUUUAUUUAUGAUCGUUAGUGGUAGAGUAACUUCAAGAAGUACGUGAAACAUCGUGACAAAUUUAAGUUAUAAUAGUUUAUUAUACUUCUACUUUUCUCACUUGUAAAGACGCGCAAAAAAUUAAGAAUAAGUAAAAGAGAAUACGGUAAUUAAAUGCCGCGCUUAAGAAUAUUAAGUAAAAUAAUUACUUAAUAGAAAGCUGUUCAUGACAAUCUUCUAAAAUCAAAUUUAAAUUAUAAAAUGAUUACAUAAAUUUAUUACAUUCAAAAUUUGUUGCAAUGGCCAGUUUCAAUAUUAGCUUCUCAAAUUUGUAACAAUAAUUUAAAUGUCUUCUUUAUUUAGCGCGUCUCAGAAGAAUUCUGUAAAAUGUGAAGUAAUAGUACUAAUAGAACUAUCAGUAUUCAUUCCAAUAUUUUUAUGACCAACUUCUGUUCUUGGUCAUGUUGCGAAGUUGUUUUGUUAGUCUUGUGUCUGUCAAGUAACAUUGCAGAACUCACUAAGUGUAAUGACUGUGAAGCUACACUUUUCUUACAUGUAUGUCUUACUAAUAUUUAUAUUUAUAUUAAAAUAGUCUCAAUCUAUCAGAAUUUAAACUUUUUGAUAAUUUAUUCUAGUAAGGUUAAUCAUGUACAAAAAUGUAGUUUGACUUUUAACUUUCCAUCGAUCUGACGGAUAAUUCAAAACCGCCAUGACCCGGAGACUUGGCGAUCUAUAUAAUAAAUGAUUUUGUUAAUUCUGUACCUUCUAAACAUUUAAAGCACUCCAGAAAUUGUCGCACGUCGCUGUAUCAAAAUUUUAGUUAUCAAUAAUAAAUUUUAAACCAGA